UCACCCCUAUUUUCUCAGUUGGUUCAUUCCGAUCUUUAGUACGAAUCCAAGAGUAAAAUCAGGAAGUGAAGGGCGGUGGUUUACUCGCUCCGGAUAGCUGACGAGUGUUUGGUCGUUGUAAGAUCAGAAAAAAUCCAAAUCCUUCACGAUGGCGAGCAAAAAGGCUAAGGUCAAGUCCACCAAGAAGCGCCCUCAGCGCGCCACCUCCAACGUCUUCGCCAUGUUCGACCAGUCCCAGAUUCAGGAAUUCAAGGAGGCCUUCAACAUGAUCGACCAGAACCGUGACGGCUUUGUGGACAAGGAGGACCUCCACGACAUGCUCGCUUCCCUGGGAAAGAAUCCAACUGAGGAUUACCUGGAGGCUAUGAUGAAUGAAGCUCCCGGACCGAUCAACUUCACUAUGUUCCUCACCAUGUUUGGAGAAAAGCUCAACGGAACAGACCCUGAAGACGUAAUACGAAACGCGUUUGCGUGCUUCGAUGAAGAGGGAACGGGUUUCAUCCAAGAGGAUUACCUCAGAGAGCUGCUCACAACAAUGGGGGACAGGUUUUCAGAGGAGGAGGUGGACGAGCUCUUCAGGGAGGCCCCCAUCGAUAAGAAGAGUAACUUCAACUACGUGGAGUUCACGCGCAUCCUAAAGCACGGCGCAAAGGAUAAGGACGAUUAAGGAAGCCCCGUCACCCCGCCUGUCUGCCGUCAGCUACAACACCGUGCCACAAACCGCAUCUCUCCAAACAAACCAAAGCAAUAACUCUUCACACUGUUUGCUGUAAUUCUGCCAGAUGUCUUUGUUUAGAAUAUCCUGUGCAGAUGUGAAGUCACCGAAUUUCGGAAGCUCCAAGGGAUAAAGAAAAUCAUGCAAUCGGAUUCAGCUGAAUUUAUACAUUUUAUGACUUUUUGAAUAAAGCCCUUUAUUAAGUUGUA